AUGUUCCAAGCUAAGCCUUUGCUCGCCACCAUGGCGGCAGCCAGCUGUCUCACCGGCACAUCUGCCAACUUGAAGACCUGCUCCAGCAGCUCGGGCUUCAGUUGCCAGAGUUCCUCCACUACCCCGACUUGCUGCUUCAAUUACCCCGGCGGUGCAUUCCUGCAGACCCAAUUCUGGGAUACUGACCCCGUCACCGGUCCCUCGAACUCGUGGACUAUCCACGGACUGUGGCCUGAUAACUGUGACGGCACAUACCAGUCCAACUGUGACUCGACCCGUGCGUACACCAACAUCACUGAGAUUCUGCAGGCACAGGGCCGCUCUGAUCUGGUCACCUACAUGGACAAGUACUGGGUUGACAUCGAUGGUGACAAUGAGUCUUUCUGGGAACAUGAGUGGGCCAAGCACGGUACUUGCAUCAACACCAUCGAUCCUGACUGCUACACUGGCUAUGCGGCCCAGCAGGAAGUUGGUGAUUUCUUCCAGAAGACGGUUGAUUUGUUCAAGGGCCUCGAUACUUACAAAGCUCUUGCCAAUGCUGGCAUCACCCCUUCCACCACCAAGACUUAUACCAAGGCCGCCAUUCAGGCUGCGCUUGCCAAGGCCCAUGAUGGUGCGAAGGUGUACAUUGACUGCGACAGUGGCAACUUGAACCAAGUUUGGUACUUCUUCAAUGUGCAGGGGAACAUCAUUGAUGGAACAUAUGAUGCUGUUGACUCGCUCACCACCUCUGGUUGCUCCAGCACUGGCAUCAAGUAUGUGCCCAAGAGCUAA